GUCCCAAAACACAUUAGUUUCUUUCGUUCAGUUUAGCCGGUAGAGUCGAGGUGUACAGUUGUCUGUGACAUUAUCUUUUUUUUUCUUCAAAGAGUUCCAACGGAAAUAAACAUUUAAUUCGAAAUGGCUUGGGUUGGAAGAAAAUACAAAUUGGAAAAAUCCGAAAACUUCGGAGACUACAUGAAGGCACUUGGCGUUAACAUGAUGCUCCGCCAAGUCGGAAAUUCCGUUUACCCAACAGUUGAAUUGACGAAAAACGGUGACGAAUACUCAUUCACCACCAGCUCAACAUUCAAGAACACUGUCAUCAAGUUCAAGGAGGGCGAAGAAUUCGACGAAGAGACCCUUGACGGACGUAAAAUUAAGAGUGUCAUCACAUUCGAUGGAGAUAAAAUGAUUCAUGACCAGAAAGGCGAAAAGGGCCACAUCAUCUAUCGCGUAUUCACUGAUACGGAAUUGAUUGCUACCAUGGAACUCGAUGGAAUUAAAGUCACCCGAUACUACAAAGUCGUAUAAGCUGAUCGACAAUGCCUUCUGAUUAGAAUAUUUACCAUUGAUUCAUUUUGAUACAUUUUGUGUAUUAUUUCUUCUUCUCUUUAUUUUUUGGCUUAUAAUUCAACAAAAAAUAAUUUUGUAAAUGAGCAGCUCUAAGGAGGAUUUCUUAUCUGCACUGGAUGCAAGACAUUUUACAAAAUAAAUUUAUUUUUUUGAAAAAA